AUGUUUGACGUUGACGACCGAUUUCUGAACACAACAAUCGGGAGCUCUGACUCGCAACUCCUGAUAUGGGCCUCCAUCGUGGUUCAAGAAGGCGAGGACAAUCGAGCAAUGCGUGAGCCACAUGUCGCACGGCUUCAGCUCCGCUCCAAGCGGCUUCUCUACCGCAGCUAUGCCAUCUUAUCCCAGAAUGGCGUUGCUCUGGACGCUGCGGUCCAGAAAGCGUGGUCUGGCUAUGCGCCGAGUAAAGUCGGCUGGUCGACCCAAGCCAAACACUGGGUUACCACGGAGAUGGCCACUGCUGCCCAUGUCCACUACAAUCUUUUGAGUGGCGAGCUUCUCGUCAAUGGUCUGCCGCUCGACCAGCCACCGGCCGAUUAUCGCAAGUCGACUUUGUUCCAGACUCUUUUUGGCGAUGCUACAGUUGAGGUCAUGCCUGCUUCAAACCCGGGCUUCCAAUUUUCAACCAAGCGCAGCUUUGGAGGGUGCGCUGUUGAUCUUGGUAUGCGAGCAGGGCAGUUGCUGGUGCGGGCUACGACAGAGCGUGGUAUGUACGAGACAGUACCAUCCAGCGUGUUGAAGGGCAAGUAUCCACACCACUUCCUGAAUGACUAUGUGCUCUGGCGCAAUACGGCAGACAAGAGCGUCAAGUUCCUCUCGAAAGAGAAUGCUUGGAAUUUCAACCAAUCCUCGCAAUGGAUGCUGUCGCAACCUCAAGCCGAUUCUCGCUGGGAAUUGAGCAGAAGCGGAGUCCGCGUAAUCAGCACUACUCAACAGACUGCGAAGGCGCUGGCGUCCGUUCUCCAGCCUCUGGCAGAUAUCACGCAAAUCCACUGCUUGCUCCAGCCGGACGACACUCUGCUCUAUGCGGAAAUUCCCCUCCUAUGUCUCAGCUUCAGCCUGCAAAGGGGAGGGCGCUUACUACAUUCCCAAGAACAUCGCCCAAUGUUCGUUGAUGCUGAUCAGUCCCUUGGCGCCUUCGUCGGUUUCCAAAACAAGUUAAUGCUGAAGGAUGAGCGCAGCAGCGACCGCAUUGCAUUGGUACUCGAGUCUGACUUGCAAUACAACAAGGAGGGCCAUCAUGUUGAGGUCCGCGUCAAGGACAAGUCAGAGUCUAAGGUUCAUGUCGUCAAGGUGGACAGCACUCUCCAUCGCCUUCUCGACAACAACGACUUAGACUGCAAGCUUUUCCUGGCGUACCUCCAUGCUCUUAUGUCGCAUUGUCUCCCGGAUCCUGCGACGCUGCACACCGGUACAGAGCAAGCGUUCACACUCCUCCGAUCGAAGGCAGUCGAAUCGUUCACCCAACUAUCUCCAUCAUUGGAAUUCAGGUCACGUACAUUAAAUAGGUCGUCGCCUAAUCCGUUGCGUUGUAUUAUACCGAGUGAUCGAUGGCCUCAAGCCAUCGAAUGCCUUGAGAGCGGAAAGUCUAUCUCGACAGCCAAAGAGGAAAUAUUUGCCGUUAUUGGCUGCCUCAGAUAUUACGGCGGCUGGGCGGACAAGAUUGAGGGCAAGACUCUCGACAUAAACCCAGAAACACUGCACUACACCAGACAGGAGCCGCUCGGUGUCUGUGGCCAGAUCAUCCCGUGGAACUUCCCAAUGCUGAUGUUGGCCUUCAAGAUUGGACCAGCACUUGCCACGGGUAACACAGUCGUUGUGAAGACCGCAGAGCAAACGCCGCUCGGGGCGCUUGUUUUCGCCGACUACGUUAAGCAAGCUGGUUUCCCUCCUGGCGUGCUGAACAUCCUCUCUGGCUUCGGCAAGGUUGCUGGUGCCGCCAUCUCCUCCCAUAUGGGAAUCGACAAGGUAGCAUUCACCGGUUCCACCGCUGUCGGGCGUACCAUCAUGAAGGCGGCAGCAAUGUCCAACCUGAAGCAAGUGACCCUGGAACUUGGGGGGAAGUCGCCAAACAUCGUUUUUAGUGACGCCGACAUCGAACAGGCAGUCUCCUGGGUCAACUUCGGUAUUUACUAUAACCAAGGUCAGUGUUGCUGUGCCGGUUCUCGCGUUUACGUUCAGGAGAGCGUUUACGACGCGUUUAUUGAGGCAUUCAAAAAACGGGCUCAGGCAAUUUCGGUUGGAGACCCCUUCGAUGCAAAUACAUUCCAGGGCCCUCAAGUCAGCCAGCGGCAGUUUGACAGAAUCAUGGGAUACAUCGAGGAGGGCAAGAAGAGCGGUGCAACGGUCGAGGCCGGGGGCAAACAACAAGGAAGCAAAGGUUACUUCAUCCAACCAACCAUCUUCAGCAAUGUCACUGCAGAUAUGAAGAUCAUGCAAGAGGAGAUAUUCGGGCCCGUUAUUGCCGUCGCCAAGUUCAAGACCGAAGAGGAGGUCAUCAAAAUGAGUAAUGACAGCCCAUAUGGUCUGGCGGCAGGCGUCCACACAAAGGAUCUCAAUACGGCCAUCCGGGUCAGCAACUCCUUGCUUGCGGGUACCGUCUGGGUCAACUGCUAUAACAUGGUGCAUCACCAACAGCCAUUUGGUAGAUAUAAGCAGAGUGGCAUCGGUCGCGAGCUUGGCGAGGCAGCGCUGGCAAACUAUACACAAACUAAAUCAGUUGCGAUUCGCCUAAGCGGUGCCCUAUUCUAA